CACAGGGACGUCAUGAUGAGGUUAAAGGUGAAGGGUCGGGUCGCUGGUGUUGCUGUGGUGAUUCCUAACAAACCAGAAGCUGCUCAGUUCUCGCCACAUCUGAAAUGCCCCAACACCGGGUCUGGCGUUUAUUCCCAGGACUAUGGGCCUGAGUUUGUGAACUGUAACAAGACCUUGUGGAACCCAGAUGGUAAUGAGCUGUCGUAUGAAGACUUUCCCUUUCCAGUCUUCCUGCUGAGGGAUGACAGUGAGACUCAAGUCAUCCGCAAGUGUUUCCUGGAGCACAAUGUGCGAGUGAAUGGAACGGGCCCAGACUACCCGCUGUGUGCCAUGCAGCUGGCCGCCCACAUGCACGCUGUCACCGACUCCGUCACCUGUAUGAGGCGCAACAUGGCGCAGGUCACCAUCUCCAUCAACCCGGAGGUGGUGUGUGACCCACUGUCAGAUUACAAUGUGUGGGGUGUUCUGCAGCCCAUCAACAAGUCUCAGACUGUGCCUGCUGACAGACAGUUCGUCCUUGCUGCCUCCAGGCUUGAUGCUCGCUCCUUCUUCUGGGGAGUCGCUCCCGGAGCUGACAGCACGGUCUCGGGUUUUAUCGCUCUGCUGUCAGCCGCUCAGGCCCUCAGCCAAGUCUCAGAUGUCAGGACGCUGCGGAAAAAUAUCAUGUUCCUCUUCUUCCAAGGGGAAACAUUUGACUAUAUCGGCAGUUCCAAGGUAGUUUACGAUAUGAAGAAAGGCAACUUUCCCAUCCAGCUGGGAAAUAUUGGCAGUUUUCUGGAGCUUAACCAGGUUGGUCAGGGCCAUUCGAUUUGGGCUCACACUGACCCAGUGUCUCGACAGAAUGCCAGCACUGAAGAAGGGGUGCAGAAUCUGCUGAAGUCUGUCUUUAACGCCACCUCUGGGACAAACAUCACCCUGCAGGAGCCGGGUCACAGCCAGCCCCUCCCACCUUCGUCCUUCCAGAGGUUUCUGCGGGAGCGGUCCAUUCCAGGGGCCGUGUUGACUGACCACCAAGCUGCCUUCACCAACAGGUAUUAUGAGAGUGCUUAUGACACGGCAGGUAACAUCGGAUUGCAAUAUCCAGAAAACCUCACAGCUGAGGAGUCUCUUACCUACGAGACAGAUACAGCAAGGGCUCUCGCGGAUGUGGGUACGAUGUUGGCGAGAGCUUUGUACCUUGAAGCAGGAGGGAGUGAACACCUAGACAACAUCAAAGCCGACCCUGUGAUGGUUUCUCGGAUGCUGUAUACAUUCCUGAUCCAGCCGAAUAAUUCCUGGAGUCGCGCCAUUCGCAGCGUGAUUGAGAAGAGAACUCUGGAUGAGGAACAGAUGAUGUUUUAUGUUUCUGCUGCUUCCCAGCUGAACCUGCCGACCCAGUUUGUGCAGCACAUCUUGGCCAACCUGACCGGCCAGGCCACAAACCUGACUAGAGAGGAGUGCAGCAAUGCAGACAAAAGGCCUAAGCAGGACCGUGAUCUCUACGACUUCCUAUGGAUCCGGGGCGGGCUGCGAGAGAACGCCACCGAGCCUGAGGCCUACUGCCUGCGCAGCCCUGUCUGGUUGGUCAAAGCCAUCUCACCGGCCUUUGAGCUCAAUGACUGGGCCUCGACUGAGUACUCAACGUGGACUGAGAGCCGCUGGAAAGGCAUCAACGCUCGAAUCUUCCUGGUGGCUAGCAAGAAACUUGAGAUCAUCACACUGCUGACUGGGAUUGCAGUGCUAUUGGUUUCGCUCAUCCUCGUGUACUUCAUCAACGCCAAGGCCAAUGUCCUGUUCACCACCUCACGGGAACACAGCGACGCAACCUACUGACCUGGAGGACUGCCUGCUGUUGGGCGGGCAUGGGAGAGGCUGGGGGAGAGUGAGUGAGAGAGGGGGGUGUGUGUGUGUGUGUGUGUGUGUGUGUGUGUGUGUGUGUGUGUGUGUGUGUGUCAGUGUCUGUCUGUGUGAGAGAGAGAGAGGAACAGUGUGUGUCUGUUUGUGUGUGUGUGCGAGAGAGAGAGAGAGAGAGAGGAACUGUGUGUGUGUGUGCGUGCGUGUGUGUGUGUGCGUGCGUGUGUGUGUGUGAGAGAGAGAGAGGAGCAGUGUGUGUAUGGGAGACACUCCAGGUGAAGUGGCGGGGGUGGGAGGGCGCGGGUGGAGUGUGUGUGAGAGACAGUAACUGUGGGGUGUGAAGUCGAGAGAUUGAGGAGCGUGUGUGAGGGAGAGGGAGGGAGGAGAACUCUUCGGAGGCAGCUGUGUGUGUAUCUGAUUUAUUUAACACUGGUCAGGCCUGGGGGGGAGGGUGAUGGACACUAAGGGAUGGGGUUGGGUGUCUCGCAGCGUGAGGGCUGCCAGCUGCAGCUAUUCGACUGGGUGGUGACGCGCAGACCACCCCACCGCUCCUUUCUUCCUCCUCCCGCUGGGCGUUCCGGGCUAGGGAGAGGAGCGGACGGAUGAACCCCUUUCGGUGGUGGGGAGGGGCAGGAUCUCGGAUUUUGUGCAACACAAAACACAGUGGUGUGCGUGAGGGCUUGGAGUGGUGUCCCGGGAAAUGCGGAGGGGCUGGUGGGUACAAAAUAUUCACAUGUUUCAGCCACGUUCUGAUGGAAUUAAAGGUGAGAGUCUGUCCCUGUC